AUCUGUUUCAUUUUCAUUCCCUUUUUAACGCACUUCUUGUCAUGACUAAAAACUCUCAGGCAGACACUUCCUAGGAGAGCGUGAACACAUAAAUCAUCUUCCUCUGAGUUUGUGCGCGCAGCUCUCUCUAUCUUCUUCAACGACAAGGUAUGCAACGGGUUAAGGACCGGGGCUUCGGAGUCCUCCUCUCUUGUUCGCCACGAUGAACAAAUGAACUCUUGGGGAAUGAAAUUUAAAUUCCAUAAAGGAGAAAAAGUUCUCUGUUUUGAACCUGACCCAUCCAAGGCCAAGGUGCUCUACGAUGCGAAGGUUGUUGACAUCGCAACAGUAAAAGAUGAUAAGGGGAAAAGGGUCCCAAAGUAUCUGAUUCAUUUCAAUGGUUGGAACAGAAGUUGGGAUCGCUGGGCUGCAGAGGAUCAUGUGCUCAGAGAUUCUGACAAUAAUCGCAAAUUACAACGUAAACUGGCACGCAAAGCUUUGGCUCGCAUGAGGAAAAAGGGAUGGAGGAAGCGACGCUGUCGUCUGCCAGGUGUUAACUCAAUCUUGAAGUCCCUCACUGACGAGGAAAAGGAGAAGAGUGAUGAUGCUUCUUUGAUCUCACCAUCUGAUGAUAGUGACAAAGACAUUUCAGAUCAGGAGUCCUUAAAAAGUGAGAGUGACUCAUCAGAGGAUAUGAACAAUAUGAGGGAAGAGCAGGAGCCGCAGACAAAAAAGGAGAGUGAGGAGAAGAGCAUCACUGUAAACAUUGACAUCCCUGAUGUUCUCAAGAAGAAGCUGGAGGAUGACUGUUACUAUAUCAACAAAAGAAAGAAGCUGGUGAAGCUUCCAUGCCUGACGAAUGUAGUAAACAUUCUGGAGUCCUAUGUGAAGCACUUCACCCUAAAUGCAGCUUUCUCAACUAAUGAGCGCUGUCGGCACCCUCAGAGUUCCAUGCAGACAAAUAUGAGUCCACACUAUAUGCCACCUGAGAGGAACGAGGAGCUCUGUAAAGAAAUGGUGGACGGUUUGAGGAUCACAUUUGACUUUACCCUUCCACUAAUCCUACUGUAUCCAAAUGAACAAGCUCAGUUCAAAAAAGUCAGCUCCUCCAAGUUCUUCCAACCAAUCAUUGACAGCGCAACCUGCACCAGUAGGACUUUCAGAGAACGUUCCCCCAGUCCUUGCCAGAAUCCCUCCACCCCCCAGUCCACAGACAGCCAUCCAGCUCUUAGUGAAUCCUCCAGUGUCCCUGUCAUCAUGGCAACCCCACCUAAGCGCAGACGCUGUGCCUACCAGGAUUCCGAUGCCACACAAUCAUUGCGUCGCUCAACCCGCAAUACAUCUGGAGGGGAACGGGUGGCAGAGACUGGGGGUGGAGGCAGCAGCAAUGCCUCUCCUCAACCAAAGCGAAGGCCUGCUGAGGUGCAGUCACCACUACCCAAGUUCUUCCUCAGCCUAGAGAAGAUAUAUCGCCUGUCUUGGAUUACCCCUCUCGUCUCGCCCUGUUUGGAUACUGUUUACUCCUCACCUGGACCAUCACCUGUGUUUCGGAUUACUCUUCAGUCUUGCCCUCUAUAUACCUGUUUGCCAUUUUCCGACCCUUGCCUGUUUUGACUAUGUUUUAGAAUAAAGCUUUGCACAUGUAUCCGCCUGUUUCUUGUCUCAGUUUCCCCGUAACAGAAUACUCGGCCUCACAAGGAUCCAGCAGCUUUUCAAAUGGAAAUGGACAAUGGCUAGGUAUGGACACUACAAGAUUACUAUUAACCCUUAAACAAUACACACGAUCACUGGAGAGCUAUAUUUGAGAGUUUUUAGCCAUCGCUCACUAUUCGGAUUUACCAGACAUUAUUUUGAUGGGAGUUUUUCUGUGAUGGCAUAAAUCAACCUCUCAAGUCUAAGCUUAGAAACGAGGGUCCCCGUUCAUCACUGAGUUGUUUAUUGGACUUUGCUUUGCUGAUGCUCGGCUCUCCAUUCACGGUGGGUGUCGUGGAGGAACACGAUACCAUGUCCGCUCAUGUAAUGGCGGUCACGAAGUGUACUCACAAGAUGGCGGCAACAACAAUGUACUGUAGUGAUACUACUUUCAUUCCUGAUCCUAAACAUGUCACAGCUGAUCGUCUAGAGUCUUGUCAUGUCACAGCUGAUCGUCCAAAGUCCUGUGUCAUCACAGCUGAUCGUUCAGAGUCUCGCCAGGUCACAUCUGAUCUUCAUGAGUCCAGUCAAGUCACAGUUGAUCGUCAUGGGUCAGGUCAAGUCACAGCUGAUCUUCAUGGGUCGAGUCAAGACAAGUCAUGGUUGAUCUUCAUGAGUCAAGUCAAGUCACAGUUGCUCAUCAUGAGUCCAGUCACAUCUCAACUGAUCUUCCAGAGCCUGAUCACAUCUCAGCUGAUCUGCCAGAGCCUUGUCACGUCUCAGCUGAUCAUCCAGAGCCUUGUCACUUCUCGGGUGAUCAUCUAGAGUCUCGUCACAUCACAGGUGAUCAUCCAGAGUCAUGUCAUGUCCUGUCUGUUACACCCAGACUAUUAAGUUUAGCCUUUCGGUAUCCCAGUCUGGUAUCCUGGGUGAGGGAUUCACCGCUGGUAUCUGCAGACACAGCUGAUAAACCCACUCACUCUAGCCCUCCUGUUCAUGAACUGAUUCCCCUGUCUGAAGCGCUUCCUAUGAUGGGGAUCACUUUUUGGUGUUUUUGGGCUGCAUACACUACCACAGAACUUCCAGAGAUGGCGAUGCUCGCUCCAGGUCUUCCAGAGGUGGUGGCUAAGGCUGCAGAACCCUCUGAGGUAGCGGCGCUCACUUCGGCUCCUGGUAUGGUGGUGGCACCCAAUCAAUGCACUUUUAGCCUGUCAUGUCUCGGUCAAAGGAACCGUUGCUGAACUCUGUGACUGUCUUUUUAAGGAGAAUAUUCAUGAACGUUUCCUGUUUCCUGAUGGUACGGCUGUAGAACCUCCAGAGGUGGAGGCAUCUGCAGCAGAACCUCCAGAGGUGUCAGUGGUAUCCACUUAUAAACUCUUGUCCUGUUCUGUUCGCGCCAAGGAGGCCAUAUAUGAACUCUCUGCCUGUCCUGUUCCGGUCAAGGAGGCCGCCUGUGAAGUCUCUGCCUGUUCUGUUCCUGCCAAGGAGGAUUACUCUGUGAAAUCUCUUCCUAUCCUGUCAUGGCUAGGGAGGCCACUUAUGAACUAUGUCAGGAAUCCUGUCCAUGUAAUUCCGUCCACUUGCCACCAGAAGUUGCCCUCCCAUUAUAUUGACUCUCACACCACACAGACUGUUAUGCCUAUGAACUAUGAACUCUCUGCCUGUUCUGUUCCUGCCAAGGAGGAUUACUCUGUGAAAUCUCUUCCUGUCCUGUCACGGCUAGGGAGGCCACUUAUGACUAUGUCACGAAUCCUGUCCAUGUAAUUCUGUCCACUUGCCACCAGAGGUCACCCUCCUAUUAUAUUGACUCUCACACCACACAAACUCUUACACAUCACCCUGGACUACAUUUCCCAUGCUCCAUUGCACUAAUCACAAGCUCACCUGAAACCAGUCACACACAGCUGCUACCAAUAACGCACACUGUAUAAAUCAGUCUCACACCACCAUUCAAUGCAGAGUAUUGUUAAGCAUUUAUGCUGUUAAGCGUAGCUACUUUACGGAGCCAGUUCCUGGUCCUAGUUUGAGUUUUUAUAGUUCUUAGUCAAAGUUGAGUUUAAUCCUGUUUAUUGCCUUAGUCAUUUGUGUCCUAGCCUAUAUAUCUCAUUUCUCUAUGAUCUCUGCCUGCUCUUAAGUAUAUUGCCUCUCUUGGAUUACCCCUCUUGGCUCAUCUUGUUUGGAUACUGUUUACUCCUCGCCUGGUCUAUCACCUGUGUUUCGGAUUACUCUUCAGUCUGCCCUCUAUAUACCUGUUUGCCAUUUUCCGACCCCUGCCUGUUUUGACUAUGUUUUAGAAUAAAUCUUUGCACAUGGAUCCACACGUUUCUCGUCUCAG